AUGUCGACAAAUUCAACCUCAGCAGCACCCCAGUCGGCAGCAGCAUCGUCGGCCCAACGAACAGCCGAGGCCAAAAGAGCAUUCGCGGCGUCUCUGGCCGCCGCGGGUUCGAGUCUCGAUGCCGAGUUGGAAGCUCGCGCGAAGACAAUCCACUCGAAUGCCAAAGCAUUAUCGGAGCAAGAAGAUCAGCUUCGCAAAAAAUCGGCGGCCGUGGCUAAAGAUGCCGAUUCUCUAGAGAAGCUCUUGAAAAAGACCAAGGAUACAAUGGAGGGUUUCGGUGAUCUAGGUAGUAUGUUGGCUGACCUGGAGGCUGACAUGGUCACUAUGGAGGAAACUCUGCGCCUAGCUGAGGAAACCGAGCAGGAGACCCAAAAUAACGAGUACCAGGAUGCACCGUGAUAUGUCCACGUAUGAAGGAUGGGGCACUGCGCAAGCAUUUACGACUUCAGACGAUAACUCCUUGAAUUAAUGAG